CUCAUCAAAUUCUCUCAAUGUGUAAGCCUAAAUAUAGUCAUGUGUGAUCUUGUUUGAUUUGUCUUAACAUAUAGAUUAUUAAUAUAUAAUUUCUAUAAUUUUUUAAUAUACAAAUUACAAGAUAAAAUGGAUUAAAGAAGUGCAUUGGAUGAUGUGUAAAAAUGAAAGUGGACAAAUACUCUGGGACGGAGGGAGUCGCCAUCUCCGCCCACGCUCUCCCCCCAUUUCUGCUGUUCGUCUGCACCUCUCUCUCUUUCCCGCCUAGAAAGCUCGCACUCCUUUUGCUGCGGUUGUCGGCUCCGUCCUUCUCCGUUGAAUCCUUCUCCGAAUAGUUCUAAGAAACACACUUGGAGAGCUACUUCUUCACUCCAAUGAACUAUCGCUAUGUUCUCCUCUCUGGCAUCUCCUUGGGCAUCAUCAUUGCAAUCUGUCAUUUUGGACUUCAAUGGAGGGAGACAGGAAAGUUUUUGCACCAAUCCCAGGGAGAGGGAAACAACACAACCACAAUUAUGAAACCAGUGAACACAUAUAAGAGCCACAGAAAAAUUUUAGUCCAUGGAUCUUGCACAAGCAAGGAUAUAAGCAUUUCCCAGAGCACAUAUUCGACGACGGGGAUUCCACAGUAUGUAGUUGAGAUAGUAAACACAUGUUUUUCUGGGUGUGCACCUUCCAACAUUCACCUUCACUGCGACUGGUUUGCCUCGGCAAGAAUAGUGAAUCCGAACGCAUUUAAGAGGCUGGACUACGACGACUGUUUGGUCAAUGAAGGGAAGCCUUUGAAGAGCAGCCAAAUGAUCAGAUUCACAUACUCAAACACAUUCAUGUACCCUCUUGCAUUCAAGUCUGCCAAGUUUUGCUGAUUGGUUGACUCCUCAACGCUGGAUGAUUAGAUUUUCGGGUUCCAAGUUUGAGGUGAGAGGGUUGAUUGGGUGGGAAUAUAACUAGAUAUAUAGU